AACUGCCUCAGUUUGAACUGUGCCAUAAAAAUGCCGGUGUAAAAUAGUCCCUUAAAACUAAACUUGUUUACUGUUUAGUAUUCUUUUUUUUCUAAAAUGUACAUGUAUUGAGAUUUAAUAAGAAGUAGUAAUGAUUGAAAAAUAAUAGAGUUACUACAGGAUAUAACAAUAACAUAAUGUAACUUUAGAGCUUUGAUUUUAUUUUAAUUUAGUUUUAUUUGAUUUUCUCAAUUCUUUAACAUUAUUGUAUGUAAUUAAAUACAUGAAUUUAAAUCUUUUCCACAGGUCAGAAUAAGAAUAGAUACGUACUAGCCUACUUGUCAUGGCCUACGAUGAUUGGAUCGCAUAGAAAUAUCAAAUACAUGAUGCAAUUAUCAGGACAUACAAGGUGUUUGAUCGACGCGGGAUUUGGAACGAUAAAGAAGUUGUAUCGGCGUUCAAAUUGUGAUACUCUCCAACACGUGACGGAAGUAGUGCAGAAGUCAGCACACAGUAAUGUUCCCGUUACUUAUGGUGAAUGGAUGUGGAAAGGCUGGAAGGUGUUCCUCGCAGACAGAUUCAAAAAAGUACCGAACAUCUCAAAAUAUCACCACUUCCGUUACACGUCACUCGAACCCGGUAUAGUAUACAUGAAGGUAGCUGCAGAUGAUACUAAUGAAACACGAUUUGUAAUUUGUAAGACGAACUAUUUACAAAUGGAUAGAAAUGACCUUCCAUCUGUCAUACAUCCUGCAGGAUUAAGCCGGGAACGUCAGACGUACUUAUACCAUCACGUCAGACCACUUGUGAGACGCCCGUUCCAAGAUGUUCUUUGCCCAGUUCCCCCGUCAAGCGAUGGGCAGUGAUUAGUUAUACAAAUUUCUGUACACUAGUUCCUAAGGUAUCAAGUGUCAAGGAUAUAUUUAAGCUGGUGUAUCUCAUGAUAAACUUACUAUUCUGUGUACAGUGGUGAUUUUGAGUAUUUACUGUUGUGCUUCUACGAUCACAGCGUUUUCGUAGUAACUUAUAUUUGUGACUUAUUAUCAUUAAUGUAAAAUUUUAAUGUUUUUUUUUUAGAUAAAUUUGAUAAUUACAGAAAAAGAUAAUUUUGGAUGAG